AUGCUGCAAACAGUCGAGCAAUCACAUCUCAAGCCAUUACAUUAUGCGCCGCCGCCCACACCUCCGACUUCCAACACCGGUUCGACCUCGAACACCCCGAACACCUCGUACACCUCAUCUUCUCUCAACUCUGCAAAGGCCGCCGAAAUGUCGAUUACUGACCAUCACCAUAUCCUCAUCGUCACUGGUCCUGCAGGAUGUGGCAAGAGUACAAUCGCUAAAUAUCUUGCUGAUCGGUAUGGAUUUGACUACAUUGAGGGCGAUGAGUUCCACCCGAAAGCAAACAUUGACAAGAUGGCCGCUGGAAUCCCGCUGAACGACGAAGACCGAUGGGACUGGCUCAUUCUCCUCCGGGACCAAGCACUGGUUGCUUUGAAGGACGGCGCAAAGGGCGUGGUAGUCACUUGCAGCGCACUCAAAAAGAAGUACCGGGACGUCAUCCGCACUGCCAGACUCUAUAACGAGGAUCCGAACGCCAAUGUCCACUUUGUUUACCUCCGCGCCGAUAAGGAGACCUUGCUAGCCCGCGUCCGCGCCAGACAAGGCCACUACAUGAAGGAUGCCAUGGUUGAGAGUCAAUUUGCCGCUCUCGAGGAACCCGACGAAGCCGAGUGCAAGCAACUGAAGGAUGUCGAGAUUGUGGAUGUCAAGGGAACUUUGCAAGAAGUCCAGGAUCUCGCGACCGUCGCCGUUGACAAGGUCCUAGUUGGCACAUCUCGACAAUAACAACAUGCGUCGAGAUUAGUUAGCUGGUUUCCUUUCGGCAAUUUCCUUCAGGCGUUUGGCAUCACACAUCUUGGUACACGGCUCUUAAAAUGGCGCAACUGAUACAUUAUACCCUUUCAAGACGGGCCGGCAUGCAGUACAUAUGGAGAAAUAUAGAUUAUUCCAAGUUCUUCUGUGUUAGGAUGUAGGCGCAAUUGCAGAUUUGCGAUACGUACAAAAUGUCAUUGAACUAAUGCACCCCACCAAAUCCAGAUCUUACGGAUUUGCUUUUCGCAGCUCGCCCGCUUCCCAACAGCGAAGCUUUGCUGAGCUUAUUAUUAAGGCUGUCAAUGUCCUCCAGCCUGUACCCUCCUCUAUCCUGUAAUCGGCAUCGACAACAGCCCCUAGC